AUGUCGAGCUUUGGGCAAGUUUUCCGUGUAACCACGUAUGGGGAGUCACAUUGUAAGUCUGUCGGGUGCAUCGUAGAGGGUGUUCCGCCGGGGCUGUCGCUGACGGAGGAGGACAUCCAGCCGCAGCUGACCAGAAGACGGCCGGGCCAGUCCAAGCUGUCGACCCCGCGGAAUGAGAAGGACCGCGUGGAGAUCCAGUCCGGGACGGAGUUCGGACGGACACUCGGCACGCCCAUCGGGAUGUUGGUGAAAAACGAGGACCAGCGGCCACACGACUACGGAGACAUGGACGACUUCCCACGGCCGUCGCACGCGGACUUCACGUACAUCGAGAAAUACGGGAUCAAGGCGUCGUCUGGCGGGGGCCGGUCGUCCGCGCGGGAGACGAUCGGGCGCGUGGCGGCAGGCGCCAUCGCGGAUAAGUUUCUGCAGCAGGCAUGCGGGGUGGAGAUCGUCGCGUUUGUCUCGCAGAUCGGCAGUGUGCGCAUGAACCGCGACCCGUUUGACCCCAAGUUCCUGCAGCUGCUGAACACCAUCACGCGCGAGCAGGUCGACGCGACCGGGCCCAUUCGCUGCCCCGACGCGUCGGUCGCGGGUGCCAUGGUGGAGGAGAUUGAGCGCCACCGCGGCGACAAGGACUCCAUCGGCGGGGUGGUGACCUGCGUGGUCCGCAACGUGCCCACCGGGCUCGGCGAGCCGUGCUUCGACAAGCUCGAGGCCAAGCUCGCACACGCCAUGCUCUCCAUUCCUGCGUCCAAGGGCUUCGAGAUUGGCUCCGGCUUUGCGGGAGUCGCGCUGCCGGGCUCCAAGCACAACGACCCCUUCUUCUUUGACGAGGACUCCAACCGCCUGCGCACGCGCACCAACAACUCCGGCGGCGUCCAGGGCGGCAUCUCGAACGGCGAGCAUAUCUACUUCUCGGUGCCAUUCAAGUCCGCCGCCACCAUUAGCCAGGCACAGGCCACCGCGACGUACGCGGGCGCCGACGGCGUGCUCGCUGCGAAGGGCCGCCACGACCCUUCUGUGACACCCCGCGCCACCCCCAUCGUCGAGGCCAUGACCGCGCUGGUGCUGGCCGAUGCGUUCCUGCUCCAAAAGGCGCGCGAGGCCGCCCGCGCCAUUGUUUCCUAG